AUGGUGCCCAACCUACGUCCUGCCCUCCUCCUCCUCCUGCAGGCAUUUCUCCUCUGGGACAGCCAGGUUGCAGCCUCUAUCCAGGAGCAGUACUGUGAGAGCCUGCCACCUGUCACCAACCACACUGGUCCCCAGUGCAAUGCCUCGGUGGACCUGAUCGGCACAUGCUGGCCCCGGAGUGCGGUGGGACAGCUGGUGGCUCGGCCCUGCCCCGAGUACUUCUAUGGCGUGCGGUACAACACCACCAAUAACGGGUACAGGGAGUGCCUCGCAAAUGGGAGCUGGGCAGCACGUGUCAACUACUCCCAGUGCCAGGAGAUCCUCAGUGAAGAGAAGAAGAGCAAGCUGCACUACCACAUUGCUGUCAUCAUCAACUACCUGGGCCACUGUGUUUCGCUGGGGGCCCUCCUCGUGGCAUUUGUCCUCUUCAUGCGCCUGCGGAGCAUACGGUGCCUGAGAAACAUCAUCCACUGGAACCUGAUCACAGCCUUCAUCCUACGCAAUGCCACAUGGUUCGUGGUGCAGCUCACCAUGAACCCAGAGGUGCACGAAAGCAAUGUGGUUUGGUGCCGCUUGGUCACUGCUGCCUACAAUUACUUCCAUGUCACCAACUUUUUCUGGAUGUUCGGCGAGGGUUGCUACCUGCACACGGCCAUCGUGCUCACCUACUCCACGGACAAGCUCCGCAAGUGGAUGUUCAUCUGCAUCGGCUGGUGUAUCCCCUUUCCCAUCAUCGUUGCCUGGGCCAUUGGGAAGCUCUACUACGACAACGAGAAGUGCUGGUUUGGGAAGCGAGCAGGUGUUUAUACUGACUACAUUUACCAAGGCCCCAUGAUCCUGGUGCUUCUGAUCAACUUCAUCUUUCUAUUCAACAUUGUUCGGAUCCUCAUGACGAAGCUCCGAGCUUCAACCACAUCAGAAACGAUCCAGUACAGGAAAGCAGUCAAGGCCACACUGGUGCUGCUGCCCUUGCUGGGGAUCACCUACAUGCUGUUCUUUGUCAACCCAGGGGAGGAUGAGAUCUCCAGGAUAGUCUUCAUCUACUUCAACUCCCUUCUGGAAUCUUUCCAGGGCUUCUUCGUCUCUGUCUUCUACUGCUUCCUGAACAGCGAGGUGCGAUCAGCUGUACGGAAGCGGUGGCACCGGUGGCAGGACAAGCAUUCCAUCCGUGCCCGCGUAGCGAGGGCCAUGUCCAUCCCCACCUCCCCAACCCGUGUCAGCUUCCACAGCAUCAAGCAAUCCACGGCUGUCUGAGCUGGGAGCGAGAG